AGAAGAGACAAUUGUCUUCUCUUUUUUUUCUUGUGCGCAUCUGCGAGGGAGAGACGCGACAGCACUGGCGUUAGGUCUCCUGCGUAAAGUCCGUGGCAGAAGCCAUGGUCGCUUUCCUCGCCUUUUCGCGCCUAGCGCGCCUUGCUUGGCUUGGCUUUGUCUUGCUGUAACUCUGUUGUUUCUCUGUUGUUUCUCUCCCUUUCUGGAGUUUGACCUGCGACUGGGUCUUUCGUGGACAUAGAAAGCUCUAUUUCCUCGUUUUCCGUGUGAGUCGAGCGGCGCCCAUCCUGUCGACCUCGUCUUUCCCUUCAGUCGAACUCUGGCGACACCGUUAGCAGCAUUGCCAGGCCUUUCCGACUCUUUCGUUUUAAUUGUUUCCGCGACGUCUUGCUGCCCGAUGUUCUGCUCGUCUUCUGCGUUCCGACUGCAUUCUGCGUCCUCUUCAUUGGAAACUCCUUUUGUUUUUUUCCAGGGGAAUCAGAGAACCGGUCACAAGAAAAGCAGCUGAAAGGGCGCAGGGACCAGAAGACACAGCGGACGAGAGAACGAAGUAGACGACGAGAGAAGACCAGAGAACUCAAGUCUAAGCCGCGUCGCUGGACAACGAAGGAGAAGCGUCCAGUCGAGCGGCGAGGAAGGAGAGAAAGGAAAAGAGUGCAAGGAGAGAGAGGAAAAUUUACGAGAGAGAGGAGAGAGAGGAGAGAGAGGAUAGAGGGAACGGAAGGAGGGGCUACGAGAAGGAGAGGAGAAGAAGAGAAGACUGCGAGGAAACAGCAAAGACGAGAGAAGAAGAGAAUGGCCGCAAGGGAGAUCAAGAACGGCAUUUUAAAAUGAAGGGCAGAGCGCGAUCGCCUUGUCUCUAGGGACUUCUUCUUUUUCUUUACCAUUUCCUCCGUUUUUUGUCUCUCCCUCCUCGUUUCGUCCGUCUCCAUCGAUUGCUACUAUGGGAGGUUACUUCUCAGCUCUUUUCUCACGCCUUAUAGGUCCGAAGGAGGUUCGGAUUCUCAUUCUCGGCCUGGACAAUGCAGGAAAGACGACGAUUCUCUAUCGACUGCAUUUGAACGAGGUCGUCGAAACGCUUCCCACGAUUGGCUUCAAUGUGGAGACGGUGCGCUAUAAAAACGUCGAAUUCCAGGUUUGGGACCUGGGCGGCCAGACGUCUGUCAGACCGUACUGGCGCUGCUACUUUCCGAAUACGAACGCAGUUAUCUACGUUGUCGACAGCGCAGAUCGGGAGCGCAUUUCCGACGCGAAGCAUGAAUUGCAUUUGAUUCUGCAAGAGGAAGAACUGCGGGGCGUCGCUCUCGCCGUCGUAGCCAACAAGCAGGACCUGCCGGACGCUAUGAGUGAAGGCGAAAUCUCAGCUGCUUUGGGACUUCCUUCUCUGCGAGACCGUCCGUGGGCGAUCAUGCGAACGUCCGCUGUCAAGGGAGAAGGUUUGGAUCGAGCGAUGGACUGGCUUACAGAUGUCCUUUCUCAGUCGUAGCCCCCAACGUC